AUGGGCCUCAACUCGCCCCUCCCAUCAUCUCUGCGCGACGAAUGCCGGAAGGCAGCAAAGAUCAUCCGCAGCUUUGUCGAUACCCACAAUAAUGGCCUGGACAAGGUCAUCCCCCGCUACGUUCUUGAACGGGCGGCCGGCUUUGCGAUCUUCACUGUCGCAAAGGCUGGCUUCCUCUUCUCCGCCCGCGCCGGAAGCGGACUCGUGAUUGCACGGACCGAGGAUGGCUCGUGGAGUCCACCUACUGCCAUUGGCGUCGCCGGCGUUGGGUUCGGCGGACAGGCAGGUGCUGAAGUUACCGACUUCCUGAUUGUGCUCAACUCCCGGGCGGCCGUCGCCACUUUUAUGGCCGCCGGGAGCCUAACACUCGGAGGCAACCUUUCUCUCGCCGUUGGCCCUCUUGGACGUAACGCCGAGGGCUCUGGCUCCCUCAACACCAAGGGCCAACUGGCCGCCAUGUACUCUUACUCGAAGACCAAGGGGCUGUUCGGCGGCGUCUCGGUGGAAGGCACUGUCAUUGCUGAGCGCCAAGACGCGAACCGCCUCGCGUACGGGGCCAGCACGACCGCUAAGCAGAUCUUAACAGGUGCAUUCGAUCCGCCAGACUGGGCUUACGUGCUCAUCGACGAGUUGAACCGCUCCACGGGUCUGCCUGGUGGGCAGACUUGGGUCAACGAUGCGCCCGAGGAUGCUGGCGCAAUGGGCUGGAGUUCGCCAUUCGGUGGACGCACCGGUGCUGGUUACGCAUUUGGCGAGGGCGUCGGCGCGGGCGGUACGACCUCGAACAGAAAGCGGUCCAGCUCUCUUUUCUCGAUCGGUGGCAAUGGCAAGAAGCGUGACGAUGCAGAUGCAGCCGCCAACGCCAUGUUCUACAGCUCGUCCGCCGCGCCGUCGCCCAAUCACACGGGAUCGAGCCGCGGACGCAGCACGCCGCUGGACGAGCGCCCGCCGCCCACGCGGCCGUGGGAAGAACGCCGCGCAGCCUCGCUCAUCCCGUUCAGCAAGAGCAUGAACUUCCCCAGCCUCGUCAAGGACAAGGAUAGAAAGAUGGGGCCGUCGAGCGAGUCCUACAACUCCAACAACGAGCCCGACUUGGCCGGUCGCGACUCUGCCCGCUCAUCGCGCCGGAACAGCAUCAUGCGGCCGUACAGCGCCAAGCCGACGCCGUCACCGUUUGCGUCCGAGCUCGAUGGCUCGCGCACCGGCACGCCUCGCAAUGGAACACCACGCAGCUCGCCCCCGCCGCCGGCUUUUGGCCGGCGCUCGCCUGUCAGCAGUUCGGAACGCAGCUCAUCGGACCGCGAUAAUGACCUGCUUGGUUCGGACGAAUGGGGCUCACGCAGCUCGAAAUACAACCAGAGCCAGAGUCAGAGCCAGAGCAGCAAGAUUAGCCAGUCGGGCGAGCGCGACCUCAUGGGAUCUUGGGACGCCGAUUCACACGGCCUGACCACCCACUUUUCCAAGCUGAGCACCUCCAACAACGAGUAUGGCAACGGCAACGGCAUUCCUGGAUUCGGUAGCAAGGGUCUGUCACCGAAACGGACACCGAAUCGGACACCAAACCGGUCACGCGGCAACUCGCGCGCGUCUCAGACCCCUUUCGACCCCAUCGACGAGGUGCGUGUGCACGAGACGACGAGCACGUUCGCAACCCGCGACUGGUCGCUCCCUGCCAAUAUUGUGCCGUCGCGCGAGAAGAAGCAGCUCUGGCGUGAGCGCAAGGAGCGCCCAUUCUCCUCGAGCUACGCAACACCCUCUGGAUGGGACUGGAAGGACGAGGAGGAGCGUGACCGCCAGUCCGAUCACGAAGUUGACCUCACGCACGACGACCACCGCCCGUUUGACGACUACAUGCCCACGACGCGUGCCCCAGCGCCCAAGCCCAACCUGGCCCUCAAAGCGGGCCUGGACGCGGCGGAUGGGUACGCCCGCGCGGUCGCGCUGCACGACUUUGCCGCCAGCGCUGACGGCGACCUGGCCUUGCGCAAGGGCCAGGUUGUCAUUGUGCUCGAUGGGGAUGGGGACGCUGGCGAGUGGUGGAAGGGCCGGAGCACGAGCGGAGCGACCGGCCUCUUCCCCGCCAACUAUGUCGAGGUACUCCACAUCCCGCGCGACCUGCAGGGCGGCAUUACCCGCAGCAUGCUGCGCCGCCGUGUCCUUGCUUUCGACCUAUGA